GAGUGAAGUGAGGAGUUUCCUGCAGUGUCUGCCUUAUAUCUCACAGCUCAGCUGUGAUCCAGAGUUCUUCCAGAGUGUGUGCACAUCCAUGUCUGUGAGAUCCAUAGAGGUGUCCCAGCAGCUGGAGUCUCUGCUGCAGCUGCUGGGCUUCCAGCUGCUGCUAACAGGAGAGUUACACAGUAAAAGCUGCUUGUCUGUGGGGAGAGUUCUCAAACUGUGUGGCUCUAAAGUGGAUCUCAUCCUCACACCCAGCAAGAUGUCUGCCAGAGGAGCCGCUCUGCUCUUCAGACACACAACACAACUACACAGUCUGAGACUUUCCAUCGACAUGUCGUUGCUGCUGUCUCAGUGGGUAAGAAGAGGCAGAGCGGCCUGUCGGCUGGCUGUUGAAGAGCUUUCUCUUGUGCCUAAGAAAGCCCGACCAUCACACAGAGUAUUGUUGAGGGCUGUCAGUAGUUUGGCUUCCCUGCUGAGAUACUGGACAGUCGGACGGUUAGACCUGACUGAGACCUGCAUCCCUGCUCAGGGUCUCAUUGCUCUGCUGCUCCAUGAUGGUCCUCUAACAGUCAAACUGAGUGAAGAGAGCUUCCAGCAGCUUCUGUCUCUCCUCCAUGAAACCCAGGACAAGGACUUGACGUUGUCCUUCUUGAGUAAGGUUGGUGGAGACCUGACCUCCUGCUGUCUGAGCUGGGAGCUUCUUCACUAUCUGCUGCAGCAGCCGUCAGCUCAGACCAUCACUGUGGACCUGAGGAAGAACCUCUUCUUACAGGAGGAAACCACACGUCUGCUUCCCUUUCUGGACAGGAUUGUGUUUAAAAGGCCCAGUCCCAGCUUUGUGAUGAGCUCCAUCAGAGAGCUCUACAGAGCUCACAACAGUCACACUGUACCCAGUUUGCUGAGGUCACUCGGUCAUGUGAUCAACCUGAGCUGCAGAAAGCUGGACUCAGUGGACUGUGCUGCUCUGAUCUUCAUCCUCAAACACGGAGACGGAGUCAGACUGAACCUGCUGUGGACCUCCAUACCAGCAGAGGGAGUAGAGUCCAUCGUCCUCAUGCUGGACAACGUUUCUCAUCUCAGGUCAGAUAUUAGAGCUCGUUUCUCUGUGCUGCACCUGUGA